ACAACUCCCUUACUCUUCCCCAACCACUGUCCAGUGUCCUCCUCUUCAGUCCCCACUGGCCAGUGCUGAAAUUGUUGAUUCCUCAUUAGAUAUCCUCUCCAGUUUCCAAUUAAGACAUAACACUGUCAUGGAAGAAGCAAUAUCAGCCCAGGAUCCACCAACCCAAGACCCGAACCUAGACUCAAACCCAGUAGACACAGACCCAGCUUUCCCUUCGCAUACACCACCGCCGCCAGCACCACAGGCGACAGCAGCUGCAGCACCACCGGUGACAGCGGCUGCAGCAUCAACACCACCACCACCUCCUCCUCCAGUAACUGCUUGUCUCCCUCCCAAAGACAAGAAAAGACCGCUUGAAUUUGAAGGUUAUGUCCAAAUCCAAGACUGCAGCUACUUCAAGAUGCGUGCUGUUCUCAAAGAUAUUCGUCCCCAUUUACUCCAGGUGCUUCAAACAGUGGAUUUUCGGAGUUGCAAAGGAGCUGAUGAACUUCGAGAGAGGUUAAAGCUACUAAUGGAACUUUACAAACAGAUGACUGCUGAAGCAGUCGCCACAACGAAGCCUAAGAAUGAACUUGAAGGGCAGCUCUUGUCAAGUGAAAAUGGGGCUGUGCAAAAACCCCAGGAACAGCUUCAAGAACUUAAGCCAGCAAAUCAGCCUCAAUCUGAUCGACUUCUUGCAAAACCACCUGAAAGUAAUGAGGCUAUAUAUCUUGAGGAGCAAUCAUAUUAUAUAGGUGGAUCUGCUUUUGGCUGGAAUUUUAUUACUUUUUCAGGUAAUAAACCUGUCUACUAUGGGAAAACAAAGGAAUCAUUCCGGGCUGCUCGAGUGGCUUUGUAGGGUAUCAAUGUUUGUUGUUACUUGUUAGUUGAAGGAAAAUAACAAUAGAAUGCUUUGAACCUCCAAUUACAUUCAUGUAAUGGGAUUUUUAGAUUUUACCAGUUGUGUAAAUCUUUUGUUGGAAUGGUUGUAGAAUAUGCAAGAUUUCAGAAGAAAUUUGCUGAUUAA